CAUAAUUUCGUGUCUGGCUGCACUUCUUAGCUCUGGACUCUGCAUCUGACCACCCUCUACUUGCAUUGGUUCAACCAAUAAAGCUAUCGAAACUAAAUUCUUCUCCAAGAUAAACAUGUCGCUUCUUUGAAAAUCCACCAAACGGCUGAGAAACAUAGCCCCGAUCGCCCGAACGCCUUGGGCGGAGCUACGUGGGGGCAACAAGGAGGCAGAUCCAGUCGCCUUCAAUGUUGGCGAACCGCAUAAGUAACUUACAUUCCUCCCGGACCAAUUUACGUGGUGGAUGCAUACAUACGCCCGGUUUCAAUUACAUCAAUCGCCCCGAUAUCGAUACCCUUCAGCUUUUGGUCACCUACCUCGGCGCCUCGUAUGCAGAUGGUGUGCGCAUACAUGGCACCAUUAUGUUGCAUCCUUUCGGAUAAUCGCACGGCAGGAUUGAGCUUACGGAUACGAUUAAUUUGAGUCCUAUACCAUCAGCUAGUCAGCUGAAGGUAUAAUUGAUGGGUCGGUUUCCGGAGGAUUUGAGGUUUCGUAGACUUGAGAAACUGAUAACUCCUAUACCUUCCACGAGGGACAGAGUGACGACAUCUGCGUGUGGUACAACACGACGUAUACCAUUGUGACCGUCUAUAACGUCGUCUCCUUUAACGAAACAUGUGUCCAGUCAGGAGACGACGUCGGCAACCCGCUAGUCUCAAGUCACCCAACCGCAACAAUCGAGGCGAAGGUAGUUAUUUGAACAACGGGGGCCAUGCUGGUGGUCCUCAGCACCGGACUUCUUGCACAUUCACACCUCCCCUAUAUAGCAGGUGGAUGACAUACCCCCACACGAACCAUUGGGGGUUGAAAGUGAAACCCAUAC